AUGAAUAAUCAACCAAUUAAUUUAGUUGAACAUUUUCACCACAUCAAAUUUUAUGCUUCCUUUUGGUAUUGUUUCCAUUUUGGAUUCGAACGUUUUGCGAAUCGGCAAUCUGAGGAAUCUUCAGAAAUUGCUAUACGCAAUGGAAAAAUAAUUUUGGUUUUUAAAAGUGUUAUUUGCCCAAAGGAUCCAGAAUUUAUUGGUGCUGAAGUUGCAAUACAUGGCGAUUUUGUUAAAGAUAUUAGUUAUUCAGUUGAUAAUUUGGAUUUUAUUUUGGAAUGUUUAUCAAAUAAUAAUUAUCAAAUAUUACAACCAAAAACAUUUUGUAACGAUUCUGAUGGUUCUUUAUGGAUUGCAAGAAUUGCAGGCUCUGGUGGUUCUAUUGUCCACACUUUAAUACAGAAUACUGAUUAUAACGGCCCUUUCCUUCCAGGAUUUAAAAUUUUACAAAAUUUUGAUUUUUGUUCGAAAUUAUCGCCAAUUAAAUUUGACGGUAUUGACCAUGUUGUGGAAGCACAUCCAGAGGAUUUUUUAGACAAUGUUGUUAGUUGGUAUGAGAAAAUACUUAAAAUGCGUAGAUUUUGGUCUAUUGAUGAUAAAAUAGUUAAGGCAGAAUUUAGUGCUUUACGUGCAAUUUUAAUAAAAAAUGAAAAUGUUGGAGAGGAAGAAAAUAAUAAAAAUUUAGUUCAAAUAGCCCUUGUUUCUCCAGUAAAUGUUAAUGGAAUAAAAAGGAGAGGGCAAGUUAAGGAAUUUCUUGAUUUUCAUGGCCAGCCAGGCAUUCAACAUAUUGCUUUUCAAACAGAUAAUAUAAUUAAACAAAUAAGAGAAUUGGGUAUUUUAAUGGAUUUUGAUGAAAAUGGUUAUUUAUUACAAAUAUUUACUAAACCAGUUCAGGAUAGAGCAACACUUUUCUUUGAAAUAAUCCAAAGAAAUAAUUUUAAUGCAUUAUUUGCUGCUGUUGAAAUGGAACAAAAAGAAAGGGAAGCAAAUUUGGGUAAAAGUUGA